AUCAUAUCUUGUUCAAGCCUAUGCAUCUGCAGCAGUAAUGAAGGGGAUAUUUACAUUCUUCUACUCUGUGAAAGAAGCUUGGGCUUGGUUCUAUACACAAAUGUUUAUAAAUUUCCGAUUCCACCUUUCAUUUCUUUGGAAUGACACCGUCAACUUGACAAGAACGAUUUUUCACUGACGUUUUGAUAAGAGAACCUCCUCUCAGAAGGUCCCCCAAAAUUAGUUCGGUUUUUCCACCCUGAAACAGUAUGUGUUAUCAUAUUUUUUCAAUCCCCGUUCCGACACCAAACCGUCAACCAUGAAACUGUUCCUGUGCCGAACGUUAUGUCAGUUUCUUCACAAUCAUAAGUAUAUCUUUCAAGUCGCCAGCUGAAAACUAUUUUAUUUAGAGUGAGAUUAAGUAUAGAAAUGUGUAAAUGAACGCCCAAGCGAUGGCCAAACGAAAAAUAGCUUCAGUAGGUAAUUACAAAUUCACAGGAAAAAUUCUCGGAAAAGGCAAUUUCGCUAGAGUCGAAGAGGCGUAUCACGAGCUACUUGGUAUCAAGGUUGCUGUCAAAAUUAUGGAUCUGAACAAUAUCAAGGAGGAGUAUGUCGUGAGGAACUUGUUCAGAGAGGCGAAAAUCAUGUCCAAACUGAAACAUCCGUGUAUUGUGUCCCUUUUUGAAACCAUGCAGAAAUCCGACAACGUCUACUACCUUGUCACUGAAGUAGUGACUGGAGGGGAUUUGUGCACUUACGUGAAAGCCCAACGCAAUGGGAAACUAGAAGAAAGGACAGCAAAAUACUUUGGUCAACAAUUUGUAUCAGCCAUAGCUUACAUGCAUCAGAGGGGAAUCGUACACAGGGACCUCAAAAUGGAAAACGUGAUGCUCAAUUCCUCCCAAACUCAAAUAAAAAUUGUGGAUUUUGGACUGAGCAAUGAAUGGUCACCGGAUUCGCCUCUGAAAACACAUUGUGGUUCCCCAGAAUACGCUGCUCCUGAGCUGUUUGUAACUAGUAAAGUGUAUGGUCCGGAAGUCGACCUCUGGAGUUUUGGCAUCAUCCUCUACGGCAUGGUGGUUGGUCAACUUCCUUUCGUUAGUAAUAAGAGUCCAAGUAUAUCAUCUCAAGAACGCCGUAAAUUAUUGGUAGCCCAGAUAAACAAAGGCAUAGCAGGACCACAGCGUAAAGCGAUCGCCAGUUUUUCUACAGAGUUCAAAAACCUAAUGAAUCGUUUACUAAAUGCCGACUCUAAGAAGAGAAUCGAUAUAAAAGAGAUGAUCGUACAUCCCUGGAUCACCGAAAACGGCAGGAAGAUAGUUAAGACCAACCCAUUGAGAAAAAUAGCAACAUCAACGUACAACAGGAUGCUGCAUGAUAUCAGUACCAUCUGCGGCCUUCAUUCUUCUGAAAUCCCUAGAAUAAUUGACAAGAAUCCUUUUGGUACAGUGGGAGCCAUGUUGAACAUACUUAUCCACAGAACUCUUAUAAAACCUUUCACGCCAGAUUCGUUGACGAAGUUCGUCGCAGACUCUUCAGCCUCGAAGGUUUUGAAAAGCUUCGAGAAACAGAGGACUGAGUCACCUCUCAGGGUCUUGCAAUCUGCAAGGUUUCAGGAAGAUAAGUUGAAUGAAAGGAUACCGAGGCCGCAUACAACAUCUAACAGCAAUAUAAGUAGAACGAGGACUGUUUUGACGAGAAAAUCACCUCAUUUAUCUCCCCAUCUAUCGAAUAAUGUGAGAGAAGAUAGUUCUGCUUCAAAAAGCCUUCGUCCUCGUUCUGUACAAUUCUCCAAGACCGCUGAAGUGAAGGAAGUUAAACGUCCUGCAACCUCGGCUCUGCAUAAACGGCAAGAGUAUUCAGCCACACUUGCUUCGAGAUUCGUGCAGCAAGCAAGCUCCAAGUGCAUCAAGCCUAAAAACAGCGCUUACGACGAGGAACUCACGCCCAAGAAACAUUUGGAAUUAUCGCGUAAGUGCGAAUCUCCAAUAACCACCAAAAUUAUUAGGGUUUCCGACAGCAAUAUACCGAAAAGAAUACCUAGAACACCCACAUCUACGAAGCGGAGAUCGUCUAUCGAAAGAUCCAAGAAUAUAAAAUCAUCGAGUGCGACAGAAGCUCAGAAAAAUCCUUAUGGGAACAACUUGCCUCACAUCUACGCCCUGAUGAAGCUCGUAGCACCACAUGCGGAAUCACGUAAGAAGAGUGGUAUUGAACCAAAGACGAGUGCCAGAAGUGGUUCGAAUAAAUCUGCGGUGAUGAGACAUUCAGGUAUACCAAUUAUGCCCAGAUCUACUCCAGCGAGGACCAAACUAAGAAGUAGUCGACCAAGCUGUACAAAUAUUGAAAAUACUGUAUCUUAUGCUAGACGUUUAAGGUAGGAAAAUAAAUAAUAAAAUGGU